UACAGCUUACUACUAGACGACCGCAUAGUCUACAAUUCUACAUAAAAAAAUUGCAAACGCUUAUUUUCUCUCACUAAGUUUUAAUUUGCUUCACAAUAUAUUAAACCUCAUUACAACCCAUACCUAAUUCUUACUUGUUUUUUGCCGGGAGAACACAAUAUAACAGUAAGAUUACCAAUCUUUACCCAACCAACCUCAUCCAAAAACAACUGUUGGAAGUGGAGCCUUUGAUAUUUUCGGUGGAAAAUCGAUUCAAAACUCCUGCUUCGCCGACGGAAAAAUUUACCACCUGUCGUGAUCGGGCGAAUUCGACGGUGUGUACCAUACUCUAACGAUUACUUCUACUUUCAGAAUAACCCGCACAAGAACUUCUACCUAGUUUAGAAGAAAUCGACCCCAGCGGAAAUCGAAAUGCUUCACGCAGCGAGAAGGGGAUUGGCAGCAGGCAGGACGACUUGCUCGUCCACCAAAUUUUUUGGGGGGCGCAGCUUCCCUGCCGCUGGCGCAGCUCCGUUGAGCGGUGGAGCAAAACGGUUCUACACGAGUCACCCCAAGGAGGAGGACCCAACCCCCCUGGAUGUUAAGUAUUGGACGGGCAAGUCCGCAGUGCCGCUCGACAAGUUCAAAAUCGACGCCAGCAAGUACGACUUGCAGAAGAUUCUCUCCGCGCGGGAUGCCGAGGGAAAAGUUAUCGCGGAUCAGGCCCUGCGGGACACGCAGGUACAACUAUGCUACACUUACGAUGAAACAUUUUCACUUUUUUGUUUGAUAAGGUACACUUUUUCUGAAUACAGCAAUGCACAACGAGCACGAGGGUUGUUCUUGUGCUUGCGCGUCACAAAAUCGUUCCAAGGUGGGGCACGAGAUGAAAGAAAUAAGUACUUCUUAGCUAGAAAUAAAAUCAAGAAUCAAAGUGCUUUCGUCACUAUACGGUUUCUACAACAAGGCCCACGAUCAUAUCUCUAUUGCACACCACAAAAUAAAACUGCAGCUCCUGCAGCAGCACAUGGCUGAGAUUUUCCAAAACGUCGGCGCGGUGCAGCUGGUGAAGACGGGACUGCACGAGUUCGAGAAGAUGCAGGCCAUUGUGAGCCUGUUGUUCCCGGAAAAGACCGACUACGAAGGCGGCGCGAACCUGCGCGUCGAGAUCGAGCCGAAUGUCUACGACACCGGGGCGCCGAAGGAGGCCGACUUGCAGUACCACCACGAGAUGGCCUACAUCGACGCAUCCGUCAAGUGGCUCGCUUUCGGUGCGCUGCACGCCACCAACAACCCUCUGAAGGUACUUGAUUAUACUACACAUAGCAGCUGUUCAUCAAAUCAUCAAUUGGAUCGUGUUUUGUUGAAAAACGAGGAGGUCUCAGUUUUUAUCAACUGCUGCAUGAGCAUGAAAUGGAUCAUGGAAGGUGUAGAAAUGUUUUUGUCUGCAACGACAAUCAAUAGGCAUGUUGAUACGAUGAUCACACAGGGUGCCACCUACAUUUCCGAGAACAUCGGCGCGACGGAGCGCAUUUUGGAGACCUCGUUCGGGCAGAAGCUGAAGGACAAGGGCUGCUGCUACGUUCGCAAGCUGCCGGACCAGAAGUUCUUCACGGACAACAACCUGGACAGCUCGAUCGUGUACAACUUCUGGCAGACCUCCACAGGUGUGGAGGACAUGGACCAGGCGGCGGAAAUCAUGCGCGGCAAGGGCCUGGAGGUCGAGUGGGAAAAUUCCCCGCUCUUCGGCCGCUACAUGGUACUUAGAAACAAUUUCGCAACAUGUUUCAUCGAGUUUUGAUUGUCUUUCGUCCAGAAAAAGAGUGUACUAGGUCUAGUACCAGCUUCUAAUUAUGUGCUGGGACUUAACAUCUUGUUAAGAUGAGGUACUAGAAAUAAAUCAUUUACUAGAAUCCGAUUUUCAUUUUUGUCCGCGUCCAGGUGACCAAGUACUACGUGGACACGUUUGAGUACGAUCCGUUCAACGACAAGAACACGCUGUAUGCGUCGGUUGCCGACGACUACGCGUGGUUCGAUUCCUGGCCCGGGGUGAAGGAGUUGCCCCACUGGGAACGGCCGCUGAAGUUGACCUUCGGGGACGGCGAGGUGAUGACCCGCGACGAGAAGCAGCUGUGGGUGGACUGCUACGACCAGAAUGGGAUCCCGCUCCUGUGGGAAAAGGGCGACAUUGGCAUCAUCUGCAACUACCGCACGGCGCACGGCCGCCCCCAGUACGCCUUGUCCAAGGGCGAGAAGCGGGAGCUCGGCGUCAUGCUCGGGGAAACCUUCAAGCGUCAGGGGGAACUCGACGGAAAAUGGUAA